GCUGUUUCUUUCUUUCCUUCUUCUUAAAGUAUCAAAUUUUUUAAUUUUUGGGUGUUUGAUUUUGAUUCCAUGUUUGCAAUAAAAUAUAGAUAGUUUCAUGGCAAUUUGGUAUAUUUUUUUCCUGCUUCAACUCGUGCUGACAAACAUAGAAAACCGGACAGUUUUUCUGUGUUGGUCUGAGAGGGAACCCUUUAUGAAGCUUUGAAUGAAGAAAUGGAUCACGUGUUUUGACCAGCUCUUUCGCCUUUAGAACUGCUUCAUGUUCAAGUUGAAUUAAAUCUUUUAUGCCAGUGGUCACAUGAUUCCUGGUUCAAGUAGCCAUACAACGGGGCUUUUCUGCUAUUGUGGCUUUGUGUUCUUCCCACUUGAUUCAUGGUUUCAUAUCCAUAAUUUGUUUGUUAAUUGGCCUGCAACUGGGUAAACUUCUUUUCCUUUUCUCUCUCGUCCUUCUGCAGAUCAAAUUUGGUAAUAACUAAAACGACGGGAAAGACAUCGGAAGAAAAGCCAUGGGGUAUGGUAAUUCAAGAUCUGUAAGAUUUCAAGAUGAUCUUGAAUUGAAAAGGCUCCACAACAGCAUUAAUGGGGAUGGUAUGAAUAUGAUAAAGCUGAAAUACAACAUAAACGGAACCAAAAUACCAAAGCCUAGCACCAAGAAGGCUGACAAGGAGUUUCCUACUAGUAGGACAGGCAAAUCCUUAAAAACUGAAGUGCUGUCCAGGGUUUUCUCCGAGGAUUUCGAGAGAGUGAAGAAGAAGAUUUUGGAUCCCCGGGGACCGGUUAUUCACCGGUGGAACAAGAUUUUUCUAGUAUCAUGCAUAGUCUCUUUGUUUGUGGAUCCUCUGUUCUUUUAUUUGCCAGUAGUUUGGGAAGAAGUCUGCAUUGAUAUUGGAAUCCCACAUGAAGUUAUCCUCACCAUAGUUAGAUCAUUGGCUGAUUCUUUCUAUAUAAUUCAGAUUUUUAUUCGAUUUCGGACAGCUUAUGUCGCGCCUCCUUCUCGUGUAUUUGGGAGAGGAGAGCUUGUUAUAGAUUCCAGGAAGAUUGCUUCCAGGUACCUUCAGAAGAGUUUCUGGAUUGAUUUAAUAGCUUCCCUACCCCUUCCUCAGGUUUUGCUUUGGAUAAUCAUUCCAAACCUCAAAGGUUCAACGAUGACAAACACGAAAAACGUACUCCGGUUCAUAAUCAUUUUUCAAUACAUUCCAAGACUUUUUCUGAUAUUUCCACUCUCAUCACAAAUUGUCAAGGCCACAGGUGUCGUUACAGAAACAGCAUGGGCUGGCGCUGCUUAUAACCUGAUUCUCUACAUGCUGGCUAGCCAUGUUUUAGGAGCUAGCUGGUACCUUCUCGCUAUAGAGCGACAAGAAGCAUGCUGGAGGAGUGCCUGUGAUCUUGAGAAGUCAACUUGUCAGUAUAAAUUUGAUUGCCACAGGAUUAAUGACUCUGGCAGGGAUAGCUGGUUCAGGUCUAGCAAUAUUUCUGGCCUAUGCAGUCCGAGUUCCGGCUUCUAUCGGUUUGGUAUAUAUGGCGAUGCAUUGACAUUUGAUGUUACAACUGCACCAUUCUUCAACAAGUACUUUUAUUGCCUUUGGUGGGGUUUAAGGAACUUGAGUUCUUUGGGACAAAAUCUUGACACAAGCACUUAUGUGGGUGAAAUAAUUUUUGCCACUAUUAUUGCAACUCUUGGUUUGGUUCUCUUUGCACUGCUCAUUGGUAAUAUGCAAACAUACCUUCAAUCGACAACUGUUCGGUUGGAAGAAUGGAGAAUCAAGAGAACGGAUACCGAGCAAUGGAUGCGUCACAGGCAACUUCCUCCUGAGUUAAGGCAAUCUGUGAGAAAAUAUGAUCAGUACAAAUGGCUAGCUACAAGAGGAGUUGAUGAAGAAGCUUUACUCAAAGGUCUUCCCUUGGAUCUACGUAGAGACAUCAAACGGCACCUCUGUCUCGAUCUCGUUCGACGGGUACCGCUGUUUGAUCAAAUGGAUGAAAGAAUGUUGGAUGCAAUAUGUGAGAGACUUAAACCUGCAUUGUGCACCGAAGGCACGAUCCUAGUUCGUGAAGGUGAUCCAGUCAACGAGAUGCUCUUCAUAAUCCGGGGCCACCUAGAUUCUUACACAACGAAUGGUGGCCGUACCGGAUUUUUCAAUUCAUGCAAGAUUGGCCCGGGAGACUUCUGCGGUGAGGAGCUGCUGACAUGGGCGUUGGAUCCUCGUCCUAGUGUCAUUCUCCCAUGUUCAACCCGCACGGUUAAAGCAAUAUCAGAAGUAGAGGCGUUUGCUCUCAGAGCCGAAGACCUCAAAUUUGUGGCAUCACAGUUCCGAAGAUUACAUAGUAAACAACUAAGACACAAAUCGUUUUACUCGCACCAGUGGAGAACAUGGGCUGCCUGCUUCAUACAAGCAGCAUGGCGUCGGUUUAAAAGACGAAAGGAAAUGGCUGAACUACGAGCUAAGGGGAGCCAGAUGAUGGCUACUGAAGCUGAAGCACCGACACCUGGUUCAGGGUUGGCUAUGUGUGCUGCCAGGCUAGCAGCAAGCACUAGGAGGGGUGUUAAUAAUAAGCAUUCAGGGUUCGAUUCUGGGGUUGUCAGCUCCCUGCAGAAACCAGCAGAGCCAGAUUUUUCUGUAGACGAGGAAUGAAUUUGCUUUCACUCCCAAAUAGGGAUCUAGUGUGUAGGUAAUCUCCUAGCAGUGCCUGUAAAUUUUCUUUGUUUCUUCACUAGCCUGUAAACAGAAGUGAAGUGAAUUACAAGGUGGAAAUUCUUUUUAUUUUAAAACUUCAUUUUCCAGUC